AUGCCUUUCAUUUCCAAAGAUUGGAGAUCCCCUGGCGAGCACUGGGUUAAAACUGAUGAAGGCUGGGAGAAAAAAAAAGUUCUUGAAUGUUUGAGCAGUAUUAAUAUAAAUGGAGACAAUAGAUUUCAUGAUGUUUCUUGCAAUGACUUCAAUAAAAAAUGGUUGUCAAAAGAAGUAGAAGGUAUUGAGAAAAGUCUUCUGAAAGAUGGUGUCAAAACACAGCCAUACUGUCAGAUCACCAUCAAAUCUACUAAAGAGGUUGCAGGUUUUAAUGCUCUCAGUGACGUUUUGAAGCGGUUGGAUUGGCGUAGUGCUGUGAGAGACAGGAGAAGAUUCAGGUAUAUCACAAAGCUGCUGAGCCUGCUAUGUUCAGAGAAACCUCUUUGCCAUUUGCCUGGAGGUGUCCAAAAAGUUGUUUUUACUAUGUUGGAGGAAGUUGCCAGGCAAUUAUGCAUAAGAGGAGAAAACCCUAAUACAUUGAGGUCUCUGGAUGCUCAAGCUAGAUCACUAGUUGACUGCGCUUGUUGGGGUCAGCCCUUGGGUUCAUCACAGCUUUGGAGUGAUAAUUUAGAAGUUAUAAGACGAGUUUCAACCCUUGCCAAUUCCUUCAUUAUUUCACAGGGUGAUUGUGGAUUGACACUGACUGAAGAACUUCCAGCCGAAGUUGUAACUGAGGUUGUGAAGAGAUUGGACGAUCCUGGUGACCUUGAAUCGGCCGUAGAAGUCCUUAGGCCUUAUAUCCUCUCUGAAGAAGCUCUUUGGCUCGCGUUGAUAAGAUAUCACUUUAAUCAGGAACAGGUGAUGUCAGCACCGUGCACAUCUGACUCCAGGGAACUCUUUAAUUUUCUUAAGAAGAAAUAUGGACUGAGGGAGGAGUACGCAGACACAGUUCGGCUGUGCCGUGAUUGCAGGUCCCUCUUCUGGGCCAGCUCCGGCCAUCCCUGCCUUCCAGGGCGAUCUCGAUCCCUCCACGUUCCUGUUUCUCCGACUGCUUUUCUUGCGUUUUUCUCACUCUAA